AGGAAUAUAAUGUAACGAAAAUUGAAGAAGAAGAAGAAGAAGAACUCUUCUCCUACUUAAGCUCCUAAAAAGCCUGAGGAAAAGAAACCAUCACCUCAGGUUCUCUAAUUUUCCUUCAUGCAUCACAAAAAUCAUUUCUUUUAAUUUUUUUUACUUUAACAUCCAAAUUCUGAUGCUAAAUUCUCUAUAAUCCUUAAUAUCAACGAUCAUUAAGAAAUUCUGUGUUUCAAUUAUAGUUCAAUUUCUUCUUUAUUGCAACUUCUGAAGAAUUGAAUUAUCUUUAAAAAAGCAACUUUUUUCUCUCUCAUUUUUAUCAAAUUCCCAGGAAAAAAAUUGCUUUUUUUUUAAUUUGAAGAAUCAUAAUCAAAAUCUGAUGAGAAGUUUAUUCACGAUCGGGCUAAUAGCAGCAUGGUACUCCUCGAACAUUGGGGUCUUGUUAUUGAACAAGUUCUUGCUAAGCAAUUAUGGGUUCAAGUACCCGAUUUUCCUCACGUUAUGCCACAUGUUGGCAUGUUCUUUGCUGAGUUACAUCGCCGUUGAAUGGCUCAAAAUAGCUCCUCUGCAAAGGGUAAGGUCGCGGUUGCAGAUGCUGAAGAUAUCCGCCUUGGGGAUCAUCUUUUGUUUAUCCGUUGUCGGCGGGAACAUUUCGCUUAGAUACCUUCCCGUUUCGUUCAACCAGGCCGUCGGUGCCACCACGCCGUUCUUCACGGCGGUUUUCGCGGUAGUGAUGACCGGCAAGAGAGAAGGUUGGGUUACGUAUGUCACCCUUAUCCCUGUUGUCACCGGUGUAAUUAUUGCAAGCGGGGGAGAACCAUUGUUUCAUCUGUUUGGAUUUAUAAUGUGCAUUGGUGCCACAGCUGCAAGAGCUCUUAAAUCAGUGCUUCAAGGGAUUUUGUUGUCUUCUGAAGGGGAAAAGCUCAACUCCAUGAACUUGCUAAUGUACAUGGCACCUAUAGCUGUCAUAGUCCUUUUCCCAGCAGCUAUUUACAUGGAACAAGAUGUGACUGGAAUCACUGUUGCACUUGCAAGAGAUGAUUGGAAGUUCUUAUUGUAUCUCCUCUUCAAUUCUGCCCUUGCAUAUUUUGUCAACUUGGCUAAUUUCUUGGUCACCAAGCAUACCAGUCCCUUGACUCUCCAGGUGUUGGGAAAUGCGAAAGGGGCGGUGGCCGUGGUUAUAUCGAUCUUGAUAUUCAAAAACCCAGUAUCAGUUACAGGGAUGCUGGGGUACUCUCUCACGGUAGCCGGGGUGGUUCUCUACACUGAAGCCAAGAAACGCAAUAUGUAAUAAUAAGGGCAUUUAGCAGGGAGACAAUUCCACCAAAUGUUGUGUGUUUUAGUGUGGGAUGAGGAUGUUUAAACAAUCAUCAAUUCAGGCUAUGUUAAGUUGUCCCUCUUUUUGCAGAGAUACCAAGUAGAAGAAUUGCAGUUUUAU